AGGACUCAAGCGUCUAAGGCAGUUUGGGCGUGACUUCAUUCACCUGACACAACUGUUUGGACUUUUAUUAUUAUGGUGAAGUAGUGAAGCCUAUCCUAAAGGAGAUGGCAAAGAGUUUUGUUUCGCUCUGACGCACUCCCAGACUUUUUUCUCUCUUGCAUUUUGCGUCUUUCCGUUUGUUCUUUGCAGAUUGACAGCACUCGGUGCAUCUGUGGAGCAUCUCCGAUACGUGGCAGCCCGAGAUUUAAGGCACACCCACCUCAAAACACUGCAAUUCGCAACAGCAAAUGCGCCAGCCAGCACAGCCAGCACAGCCAGCACGCACCACCUCUCACUCACUUGCUGUCUUGCUGUCUUCCCGACUCUCCGGCCCAGCUCCCAUCUCUCCUGGUAGCCCACCAAGCCUACUGUGUAAGGUGGCCUCCAGCUCAGCCAGUCCCGUCCCGCCCAGUCCAGACCUUGGUACCUCGCCAUUCGUACACGCCCGCCGCCGCCUUGUCUCCUGGGAGCAAAAGCCCGAACAUCGAAACCUCCCCGACCUCAACCUACCGACUCCACCGUCAUCCACGAACCACCCUCACAAUACAGACAAUAAUCUCGCCCCUUCGUCGUCAAGAUGUGGAUUAUUAACUGGUUCUACGACGUCCUCUCAAGCCUCGGCUUGCUCAACAAGCAUGCCAAGCUUCUUUUCCUCGGCCUCGACAAUGCCGGAAAGACCACCCUCCUGCACAUGCUGAAGAACGACCGUGUCGCUAUCCUCCAGCCUACUCUUCACCCCACUUCCGAGGAGCUCGCCAUCGGCAACGUGCGCUUCACCACCUUCGAUCUCGGCGGUCACCAGCAGGCCCGCCGCCUGUGGAAGGACUACUUUCCCGAAGUCAACGGCAUCGUCUUCCUCGUCGACGCCAAGGACCACGAGCGGUUCCCCGAGGCAAAGGCCGAGCUCGACGCCCUCUUGUCCAUGGAGGAGCUGGCCAAGGUGCCCUUUGUCAUCCUCGGCAACAAGAUUGACCACCCCGACGCCAUCUCGGAGGAGGAGCUCCGUCACCAGCUCGGCAUGUACCAGACCACCGGCAAGGGCAAGGUGCCUUUGGAGGGAAUCCGACCCAUCGAGGUCUUCAUGUGCUCCGUUGUCCUUAGACAAGGAUACGGCGACGGUAUCCGGUGGCUCUCGCAGUACGUCUAAACACCGAACCGAUAGCUCUGGAAGGAGCUUGCGGGAGGUGUCUACGGCGGGAGCGGAGCAAGUACAUGGACGAUAUGGCAAGAAUGGCAAUAGGGAACGUCUACGCGGGAACGAAAUCAUGGGUGCCACGUCUACGAAAGCUCCGGUCAAGUGCUUCAAGGGGGGGCUGUUCAACAGAACUAGGGCUCUUGCCUUUUUGGCGUCUUGCGAAACCUGAUAUCCUUGGGGGAACAAACGGUUUAGAAAGAGCUGCGUAAUGGGCUGACACUGCUGCUAUCGGGCAUGUUUGCAUCGGUCCACACACACACACGGAGGAAGGGAAAAAGUCCUCGGUCUGGCGGUCCAGAUGGCUCUGCUCGGUCAGUCAGUACUGUUGGUCGGAGCAUCCAGCUUUACGGCCAGAGACGAGGCAAUUGUGUACGCUUGUUAGGCUAGAAUUCUUUAUUGGGGCCCAGGGAUUCGGAAUCUGGUUUAUUUUGCGUCUUUCAAAUCGGUAGCCUGCUCUGCGUAGUAGUUUUCCUGCUGCAUCAACAACAUUGACAUCAAGAUGAUUGGAUCAUGUAGGAGUAUAGCACUGCAAAGGCAUCAAAUGAUUGUGCUGAGCGUAUCAAGGGACUUGGCUGUUUGUAAUCGAGGCCACCGUGUCCACGUCGUCAAGGUUCCGUUCCGUUAGUGGCGACGGGAAACGGCGGGACGCUUGAUGAUGGACAUGAUGCCUUACGUCAGGCCGGAGGAGAAGGAAUUGUGGCAAUGAUGUUCUUAGCAUCUCCACAAGCCAGAAGUAGGUAGUUUGUUUCCCC